ACCCAUUUCCUUCCAUCCAAUUUCCCUCCCACUCUCUCUCUCUCUCUCCCUCUCCCUCUCCCUCUCUCUCUCUUCUGGUUUUUCUUUUUAUAAUAAAUGGUCUUUGCUGCGUCCCCGAGGCAGUGCUGUUGGUUCAGAACACAACCCAAACCGAAGAGAGAGAGAGAGGAAGAAGCCAUAUUUAAAAGCAAAGAGAUCAGGUCUUCAAGCCUUUUACACGUGAUAAAGAAAACACCAAAAGCACUUGCAUGCGUGUAUAAAGAUUCAUCAUCAUCCGCAUCACUCCCCCCGUCUCUACCCAUCUCUCCCCAUCUCUCUCUCUCUCUCUAUCUCUCUCUCUCUCUAUCUGAAUCUGAAUCCCCCACAUAGCCCAUCUUUUAAAUCUCUCCCCUUUUGGUACCCUUUCCAUCCCUUAAAACUUUCAAUCCCCCAGUUUUUUUUUUUUCAAUCCAAAGAUCACUGCUUUAAUUUGUUUCUCGAGUGACUCGGUGAGUUAAUUGCUAGCUCGUUCACAGUUGCUGCUGCUGCUCAGUGAGUUUAAAUGACUGGUUGGUUGUUGUGGAACUAGUGUUUAAAUCUGUUGGAAAUUGAGUGAAAAAAUUAGAAGGCAAGGCAUUGUGUUUUUGUGCAAUCUGGUGAAAGUUUUAACCUUUUGACCAAGUGCUUCUGCAAACAUGCCUAUAAGAAAGAAAGAAAGCUCGGAGCAACACCUUGUGAUCAAACCCCACUUGCAGAACCCAGUGAACCCAGUUCAGAAGGCACCGAAGACUGCCCAAAAUGGCAAAGGUCCACCACCCCAGGAACCUCAAAACCCCAAACUCCAUAACCAAACAUCACCUCCAGCAAAAAACAGAGGAAGAAGAAGGGGCAGAGGCGGUCGGAAGUCAGAUCAAGGUGAUGUUUGUAUGCGGCCGAGCUCGCGGCACUGCGCUGUGGCUCAUCUACCUGCCUCACCAAGCUUGGGUGGUGCUGCUUCUCUAGCUACUAGUCCAAAUAGUUAUGUGGAAAAUGGCGGCAACUCGGUUUCCAUGGAGAUGGGGUUUCCCACUUCGAGCAAGUCGUUGAGUUUUGCUCCUCGGCCUGGUUAUGGACAAGUUGGGAUCAAGUGUAUUGUGAAGGCCAACCAUUUUUUUGCAGAGUUACCAGAGAAGGACUUGAACCAUUAUGAUGUUAGCAUAACUCCCGAAGUUGCAUCGAGAGCUUUGAACAGAGCUAUCAUGGCAGAACUGGUGAGGUUGUACAAGGAAUCUGACUUAGGAAUGAGACUACCUGCUUAUGAUGGUAGAAAGAGUCUGUACACUGCUGGUGAGCUGCCCUUUGCUUGGAAGGAGUUCAAUAUUAAGCUUGUUGAUGAACCGGAUGGAAACAAUGGCCGAAAAAGAGAAAGAGAAUAUAAAGUGGUAAUUAAAUUUGUUGCACGAGCAAACAUGCAUCAUCUGGGCCAGUUUCUGGCUGGUAAGUGUGCUGAUGCUCCACAGGAAGCGCUCCAAAUUCUUGACAUUGUAUUAAGAGAGCUCUCAAACAAGAGGUACUGCCCCAUUGGGAGAUCCUUCUUUUCACCCGAUAUCAGAACACCACAACGGCUUGGUGAGGGGUUGGAAUCGUGGUGCGGGUUUUACCAAAGUAUAAGACCUACCCAAAUGGGGCUUUCCCUCAAUAUUGAUAUGGCUUCUGCUGCGUUUAUUGAGCCUCUCCCUGUAAUAGAGUUUGUAGCCCAGCUUCUAGGCAAAGAUGUAUUGUCUAGAACAUUGUCUGAUGCUGACCGUGUAAAGAUUAAAAAGGCUCUUAGAGGUGUGAAAGUUGAAGUUACACACAGAGGGAGUGUUCGAAGAAAGUAUCGAGUUUCAGGAUUGACAUCUCAACCUACAAGAGAACUAGUGUUUCCUGUUGAUGAGAACUUGACCAUGAAGUCCGUAAUUGAAUACUUCCAAGAGAUGUAUGGAUUCACCAUUCAACACGGGCAUCUUCCUUGCCUUCAAGUUGGUAAUCAGAAGAAGGCAAACUAUUUACCCAUGGAGGCCUGCAAAAUUGUUGAGGGGCAACGGUAUACAAAGAGGUUGAAUGAGAAGCAAAUUACUGCUCUCUUAAAGGUUACAUGUCAAAGACCUAGGGAUCGUGAAAAUGACAUCCUGCAGACUGUUCAACACAACGCUUAUGACCAAGAUCCUUAUGCGAAGGAGUUUGGAAUCAAAAUCAGUGAAAAACUAGCUUCAGUCGAAGCUCGAAUUCUUCCUGCUCCUUGGCUGAAGUAUCAUGAAACUGGAAAAGAAAAGAAUUGUUUGCCUCAAGUUGGUCAGUGGAAUAUGAUGAACAAGAAAAUGAUUAAUGGAAUGACUGUCAGUCGGUGGGCUUGUAUUAAUUUUUCACGGGGAGUGCAAGAGAGUGUCGCACGUGGAUUUUGCAGUGAACUUGCUCAAAUGUGUCAAGUAUCUGGCAUGGAAUUUAAUUCAGAACCUGUAAUUCCAAUCUACAAUGCGAGGCCUGAACAAGUAGAGAAAGCUUUGAAGCAUGUCUAUCAUGCGUCCAUGAACAAGACCAAAGGAAAAGAUUUAGAGCUCCUAUUGGCCAUUUUGCCUGACAACAACGGGUCCCUGUAUGGUGAUAUCAAGCGAAUAUGUGAAACAGAUCUCGGUUUAAUAUCACAAUGCUGUCUCACAAAGUAUGUUUUCAAGAUCAGCAAACAGUACUUGGCUAAUGUCUCCCUAAAGAUAAAUGUUAAGAUGGGUGGCAGAAACACUGUUCUCUUGGAUGCUAUCAGCUGCAGGAUACCUUUGGUCAGUGAUAUACCAACCAUAAUCUUUGGAGCAGAUGUGACUCACCCUGAGAAUGGAGAAGAUUCCAGCCCCUCAAUUGCUGCUGUGGUAGCGUCCCAGGACUGGCCCGAAGUGACCAAAUAUGCUGGAUUAGUUUGUGCUCAAGCUCACAGACAGGAACUCAUACAGGAUUUGUAUAAAACAUGGCAAGACCCUGUUCGUGGCACAGUCAGUGGUGGCAUGAUUCGGGAUCUUCUGGUUUCAUUUAGGAAGGCAACAGGACAGAAGCCCCUAAGGAUUAUAUUUUACAGGGAUGGUGUAAGUGAAGGUCAAUUUUACCAAGUCUUACUUUAUGAGCUCGAUGCAAUCCGGAAGGCAUGCGCUUCUCUGGAACCCAACUAUCAACCCCCAGUGACUUUCAUUGUGGUUCAAAAACGGCACCACACUCGAUUAUUUGCUAAUAACCAUAGGGACAGGAGCAGCAUAGACAAGAGUGGGAACAUAUUACCUGGUACCGUGGUUGAUACUAAGAUUUGUCAUCCAACCGAACAUGAUUUUUAUCUCUGCAGUCAUGCUGGUAUUCAGGGGACAAGUCGCCCAGCUCACUACCAUGUUCUUUGGGAUGAGAAUAAUUUUACUGCUGAUGGAAUCCAAUCAUUGACAAAUAACCUGUGUUACACAUAUGCAAGGUGCACACGCUCUGUCUCUGUUGUACCUCCGGCAUACUAUGCGCAUUUGGCUGCUUUCCGUGCUCGAUUCUAUCUGGAGCCAGAUAUGCAAGAGAAUGGCUCUACUGGUCACACUGCUAAGGGUACACGCGCUGCUGGCGAGUCUGGAGUCCGACCAUUACCAGCCUUGAAGGAGAAUGUAAAGAGAGUAAUGUUUUAUUGUUAGAAGUGGAAGAGGGUCGAUGGUUUGUUCACUGUUAAUUUUCCUUCCUCACAUACAAACCUUUUAUGCGGGUUCAAGGUCUUCCGGUUUAACUAGCGGCGGAGGGGAGAAUAGAGAGGGUGUUUCUGAGUUUAGAUCAGUAUUUAUAGUGUUAAGAGAGUUAUUCCUUGAUCACCAUAGAUAGCAGGUCCUUGUUCACUGCAGUGUAGGCCCACUUAUGGGGAGUUCAUCAGUUGUAGGCUCUGUAAAGAAAUGUUAAUUAAUGAAUCUAAUUUACAUCUAGGAAAUUUUUACGUCA